AUCUAAGUAUGUGUAUAUUCUUGGAAAAAACAUUAAGUUUGUUUUGAUUAUAUCAUACGAUUUUAACCUCAUUUAUUAUAUGAAUGAAAUUAAUUUAUAGUAUUAAUACAUUAAAAAAUUUAAUUUAAUUGUAUGUGUGUGUGAUUUUUAUUGGUAUAAUAUAGUUUGUUAAAUAAAAAAAUAUAUAUUUUUAACAAUUAUCAAUUAUGCCGAAACGAAUUGAAAUUGGUAUUAUUCCUGAUAACUUAAGGCACGAAGAAACUAUUGUCCAAAUUGCUGAAGCUCUUGAUAAUUUAGAUUCUGCUGUUAAUUAAUNAGAUCGUUUAAAAUAUUUACAAACUAAUUUAAAUUUAAAAGCUGUAAAAAUGUAUUCUGCUGCAAGGUAUCCUGCUAGUCAUACAUACAAGGAAUAUGAGUUAGCUGUACCGCCUCAGUAUGAUAAUAUCAAUAAAAUACCAAAAGUUUAUAAAUGUUCUGUACCUAUAAAAGAUAUUUCUGGAGCAUAUUUAUCUUCUAAUUGUAAAACAGAAGAUGGUCAAUAUAUGACAAAUAACAAUUUACAAGAAAAGCUACAAUUUUAUCAUGUUCGAUCUAAAUCCAAUAAAGAAGUUUAUACAGAUAAUGAAAUGACAUUUCCUUUUCAUUUAUCUUCAAUUAGUGCAUUCUUGUUCAAUAGUAUGGAUGAUCCAUAUAAAAUAUCUAUGAAACAAACUUCCCACAAAUUAAGUGAUAAACAACAAAUAGAAGAUGCACCAGAUUCUAUUAUACAACCAUGGUUAUCAACUGAAAUGGAUUUAUCUAGUAAUUAUCUAUACACACCAACUUUAGGAGAGGUACCACAGAUAAAUGUGCCAGCAUCACUUCCUGAUUUACCUGGAAUUGUAGAUGAUGAAAAAUUCAUUUUAGAUCUUAAUUCUCAAAGUCCCAUUGCUCCUUCUUCAGCAGUAACAACGCCCACAGUUCGUCUAGAUCUUCCAACACCAACAUCAACAAUGGAUGAGAAGGAUUCUAAUACAAAACUAGAUGAAAUUCCAAAUGUACCUAAUUUUGUUGAUAGCGAUUAUUCGAAAAAUCUUACCGAGCUUGCUCCGCCACCUCCUCCUCCACCAUCAAUCUUAUUAAAUAUAACAAAUUCGGAUUCUUUGACUUCUAACAAUAAUAGUCAUUCAUCAUUAAAUCCCUCGUCAUCAACUCCUUUAAUUACACCACCACCUGUCGAAGAUCCGAGAAAAAUGAAAUUGGAUGAUAGAUCGAAUUUAAUGGAAGCAAUUCGUAAUGCUGGUGGUAUAGGAAGAGCGAAACUAAGACGUAUAGUACCAGAAGAAAAAGGAAACCGUUGGUCCUCCGCAUCUGUUGGAGGUGAUUUAAUGGCCGAUUUGCAUGCAAAAUUAGCUCUCAGGAGAAAAGGAAUUGCUGGAUCUGGAGGUAGUGCUCUGGAAAGAAUGUCCAGUAUGAUUCCUCCACCUCCUAAACCAAACGAAGCAGCUGCAUCGGAUAGAAAUUCGGCUACUAGCGAAUACGAUUCUCAACCAGAUACUGAUGAUUGGGACGAAUAAUAAAUUACUCGAUUAUUGUUAAUUAUAUAUAUAUAUAUAUGCAAUUUUUUAUUUAACUUUCAAUUUUAUGUUGAAUAAUAUAUUUUUAUUAUAUUUAAUAUUUCAUGUAAAUUUCUUUCAUUUAUGUAUAAUAAAAAUGAAUUUAUAUAAAAAU